AUGGCAAAAUUUAAAAAAAUACAAGAUUUAAGCAUAAUCAAACAGAAAAAAUCUGACUCACUUGAAUAUGAUGAAAUUUAUCAAAUUUUAACACAUCCUGAGUUAAACAAAGGCAUACCAUUAUCCACCACUUACAAAACCUAUUUCUGGUUAUGUUUCUUGUGUGGUUUUUGUGGUGGAGAUGCUCAAAGAUUAAAAUUGGCAAAUGUGGAAUUAGCAGCUAUUAAUGGACAGACAAUUACAAUUCCUCGUGAAAAAAACAAUGCUAGCUACAGUUUGCUGAAAAUUUCUAUAAAAAACUGUAAUAAUGUUCAAAUAAAUCUUCAAAUCGCACCAAAAGAUUAA